AUGUCUAAGAAAUCGAAAUGUGAAUUAUUGUCCGCGGAUUUUUCCGAGCCCGAAUUCACGUCGCCAAUAAACAAUGUUACAGUUGCACUGGGAAGAGAGGCCGUCCUGACAUGCACGGUUUCUAAUUUAGGAAACUACAAGGUCGGUUGGUUAAGGGCCUCCGACCAGCUAGUCCUGGCCCUUCAGGGCCGAGUCAUAACCCACAACCCCAGAUUUGGGGUCUCUCGAGAAGACUCCAAUACCUGGCAACUCAGGAUUAGGCAGGUUAAGGAAACUGAUCGAGGUUGCUACAUGUGCCAGAUUAACACAAGUCCUAUGAGGAAACAGACAGGAUGCAUGGAAGUACAAGUGCCUCCCGACAUUUCGGACGAAAACAGUUCCAGUGACGUCACAGCCCAAGAAGGGCAAGACGCAAACCUUCAAUGCACCGCCAAUGGAAGACCCCAACCUAGGGUCACUUGGAAACGUGAAGACGGACAACCUUUAUUGGUCAGGACUAAAACCAAAGACCUCGUCAGAGUAGACUCUUUCAACGGCACAGUGCUCCACCUGAGCAGGGUCGAGCGCCGCCAAAUGGGCGCCUACUUAUGCAUAGCAUCCAACGAGGUGCCUCCAGCAGUCAGCAAACGAGUCACCCUAAACGUCCAUUUUGCUCCUUCUGUGAGAGCCCCCAGCCAGCUCCUGGGAGCCCCUUUGGACUCCGAUGUCCAUUUGGAGUGCGUCGUGGAGGCGUCUCCAGCAGCUGUAACUUACUGGUUAAAGGGAAGACCUACGACUUAUGCUUCUCAGGAAGAGGAAGGGUUGAGGGAGGAAAAUGAUGUUGCUGGUCAGUUGUUGGAGAGGAAACCUGAGAUGCUCCUUGAUGGGUAA